AUGAAGGACAGCGCAGCAGAGACAACUGGAGUGGAGGAGGGGGAGUCACACACAUUGGGACGAGACCAUGACUUGAAGAUGAGCGGUUCUCCGGCUGAGUUAGAGGAGAAGGACUGUCCUCCACCAGAGGAAUUAGAGUGUAAAAUCUGUUACCAACGCUACAAUGCCCACAAACGCAAGCCUAAGAUCCUGGACUGCCUUCACCGGGUCUGUGCCCGCUGCCUCAUUAAGAUCCUGGACAUUGCUGACGGGGCAGGCUUCGUCUCCUGCCCCUUUUGCCGACACCAAACCGAGAUCACAGAGUACGAGGUGUCUGCCCUCCCUGAUGAUGCAAUCAUCAUGUCCCACUUGGCAAUGCGGGACAAAUCCUGGAGCACAGACCACAACAGGGAGGUGGUUUUGACUCCAACGGGUUUCUGCUCCUCCAGCCCAUCUCACGAUUCCUCCAACUGCCUGGUCAUCACUAUAAUGGAAGUGCAGAGGGACUCACAGCACUCCCCAAGCCGAAACGGCAGCUCCGACAUCUAUGCUGAGCAGAGCCUGGACUCAGUAUCAAUGGACUCCAAUGGACAGGCUGAUCAGGACGCUCUGUCCAAGUUCUGUAAUCACGUCCCACGCAUCCUGGUCUGGUUGCUGGGUUUCUUGUACUUUGGCUCACUGCCUCUAGGAAUCUACUUGUUGGUGAUCCAGAGAGUGACACUGGGUAUUGUAUGUGUUAGCUUGGUGCCAUCAAGUCUGACAGUUUGCCUGGUCUAUGGGUUCUGCCAGUGUCUGUGCCAGGGCAUGUGUGACUGCUACUCCAGGGGCUGA